AUGGAUCGAGAUAUCAGCCUACAAAAAGCAAGCCCGAUAACAUACAAGACAGAAGAAGCAGAAAUGGCCAAUGCCAACCGCACUGAUACAGACAAGCAGGACAUUCUGGACCGCCUUCACAAGGAGAAGUUCAAUACAUCAUUCAUAUCCAUAUGCAAAAAUGCGUGUCAAAAUUACACGAUUGAAAGAGCACAGCUGUUCAAAUACGCCAUAUACAUCACUAUGAUAAUAGUCAAGAACGUAUGUAAUGCACUAAGCAUGACAAUCCUGAACAAAUUGGACAACAAGGGACCCAGUGAACAAAAGACCGUAAUAAUUCUAAGUACUGGCUUUAUUACAAUGACACACAUCCUAAACUACGCAUUGGACUGGAUGUUUGAAGAGAGACUCUGUAAAUACGGUAGUAGAAUGUCAGUCAAUGCAUUAUACAGAAUAUUCAAUGCGCAUGAUAUUAGGGUCAAUGAACUAAAUCCAGUGAAGGCAGGCCACUGCAUUUCAGAAGGAUCGAAGGCAAUGGCAAAAGUGGCA